CAGAGCUGGGUUGACCUGAAUACUGGAUACAGGGCAUAUAAAACAGGGGCAAGGCACAGACUGAUAGCAGAGCAAUCACCACCAAGCCUGGAAUAACUGCAAGGGCUCUGCUGACGUCUUCCUGAGGUGCCAAAGAAACGAGGAUGGAGGAAGGAAUGAAUGUUCUCCAUGACUUUGGGAUCCAGUCAACACACUACCUCCAGGUGAAUUACCAAGACUCCCAGGACUGGUUCAUCUUGGUGUCCGUGAUUGCAGACCUCAGGAAUGCUUUCUACGUCCUCUUCCCCAUCUGGUUCCAUCUUCAGGAAGCUGUGGGCAUUAAACUCCUCUGGGUAGCUGUGAUUGGAGACUGGCUCAACCUCGUCUUUAAGUGGAUUCUCUUUGGACAGCGUCCAUACUGGUGGGUUUUGGACACCAACUACUACGGCAACACUUCUGUGCCCCUGAUAAAGCAGUUCCCUGUCACCUGUGAGACUGGACCAGGGAGCCCCUCUGGCCAUGCCAUGGGUACAGCAGGUGUAUACUACGUGAUGGUCACAUCUACUCUUUCCAUCUUUCGGGGAAAGAAAAAGCCAACCUACAGAUUUCGGUGCUUGAAUGUCAUUUUGUGGUUGGGAUUCUGGGCUGUGCAGCUGAACGUCUGUCUGUCACGAAUCUACCUUGCUGCUCAUUUUCCUCAUCAAGUUGUUGCCGGAGUCCUGUCAGGCAUUGCUGUUGCAGAAACUUUCAGCCACAUCCACAGCAUCUAUAAUGCCAGCCUCAAGAAAUAUUUUCUCAUUACCUUCUUCCUGUUCAGCUUCGCCAUCGGAUUUUAUCUGCUGCUCAAGGGACUGGGUGUAGACCUCCUAUGGACUCUGGAGAAAGCCCAGAGAUGGUGCGAGCGGCCAGAAUGGGUCCACAUUGACACCACGCCCUUUGCCAGUCUCCUCAAGAACCUGGGCACCCUCUUUGGCCUGGGGCUGGCUCUCAACUCCAGCAUGUACAGGGAAAGCUGCAAGGGGAAACUCGGCAAGUGGCUCCCAUUCCGCCUCAGCUCUAUUGUAGCCUCCCUCAUCCUCCUGCACCUCUUUGACUCCUUGAAACCCCCGUCCCAAGUCGAGCUGGUCUUCUACGUCUUGUCCUUCUGCAAGAGUGCGGUAGUGCCCCUGGCAUCCGUCAGUGUCAUCCCCUACUGCCUCGCCCAGGUCCUGGGCCAGCCACAUAAGAAGUCGUUGUAAGGGAUGUGGAGUCUUCAGUAUUUCAAGUCAACAACUGUGCCAGGGAUUGAGGGGGACUAGUAUUUGAAGCAAUGGGUGCUGGUAUUUGGAGCAAGUGACAUGCCAUCCAUUCUGCCAUUGUGGAAUUAAAUCACAGACGGCAGAUUGGAGGGUCGCCUGGCUUAUUCCCAUGUGUGACUCCAGCCUGCCCUCAGCAUAGACUCUCUCAGAUGGAGGUGCCAUAUCACAUACACCCUCCCACCAUAAGCAAGUUUCCUGCCAGGAGGUCCUCCUCUCUCUACUUGAAUACUCUCACAGGUAGGGAGCUCACGCCCACUGAAACA